AUGUAUCCAAAUCUGUUCAGAGGGCUCAGAUUGAAGAAAGAGGACCUCUCGAAAUACGAUACGCCCCUGGUCGGGUUUGACGGUCAGGUGGUGAUUCCCGAGGGGCAAAUAUCACUUCUUGUUAAUAUGGAAGGAAAGGAAGUGAUAGUGGUUUUUGUAGUUGUCGCUUCAUUUUCUCCUUAUAUGGCUAUUCUGGGAAGGCCGUGGAUUCAUGCGAUGAGGACAGUUCCCUCCACCCUGCAUGUGAAGGUUAAGUUCCACACUAAGCAGGGCAUUGCUGUAGUAAGGGGAAGUCAGCAAGCGACCAGGCAAUGUUUAGUGGCCGCAGUCGAUUGGAAGCACAAGCAGACUAAACAAAAUGAAACCGCCGAGGAGAUAGGGGCAAAUAUGAAGGACGGGGAGAAGGUAGAAGCAUUGUUAUUUCUUAUACAGAAUGUAAAUGUGUUUGCUUGGAGCCAGUAUAAGGUGCCUGGGGUUGAUCUCGAGUUCAUCGUUCACAAGCUUAACAUAGACCCAUCAUUUCCUCCAAAGAAGCAGAGGUCGAUAAGAUCGGCGAAGGAGCACGUUGAAGCAGUGGGACAAGAGGUCGGGUUGUUAAAAGAGGCCAGGACGAUCAAAGAAAUCUUCUUCUCAGAAUGGCUGGUGAAUACCGUGGUGGUCAGGAAGAAGAAUGGAAAAUGGAGAGUUUGUGUAGAUUUCAUGAAUUUGAACCGAGCAUGCCCAAAGGACCCGUUCCCUAUGCCAAAGAUAGAUCAAUUGGUCGAUGCCACUUGUGGGCACCCGAGGAUGAGUUUCUUGGACGCCUUUCAGGAUUAUCAUUAG